GAUUUAACGACGCGUUUAUUUCAUACUGACAUCAUUCGAAAUCGGUUAAAAACGACGCCAUGUUUAAAAUUUUGAAGCCUGUAUUUGGGCGCAUACGUAUACGCGGCAUGCGUGUCAAAUGCGUAUAAGUAAAUCCGUGAGAGCGAACGAUCGGCUAAACUGCCGCAUUUGUACGAUUUCGUAUAAAUUCCUCAAGUCUAAUGCCCAAUUUUACACGGAACUGCAAUUUUGAAAUUAAUAAUAACAUUUAAGAUCCGUUCGGUGAAUUUAAUGGUUUUUUAAAACUGAAUAUGGAGCCAGUUGCAAAAGUUCCUUUGCCGUUAGAACCUAUAAAGUCGAAUCAAGUGGAGGACAGGAGAUUAUGGGUGGGCAACUUGGAUUUAAGAAUUAAUGAGUACCAACUCCUAAAACUUGUUCAAAAACAUGGAACAAUCGAAAAGUUCGACCUGCUGUUUCACCGAUCAGGCCCCCAAGCUGGUCAGCCAAGAGGAUACGCAUUCGUUACAUAUAAAUCUGUCGAAGAUGCUAAGGCAGCCAAAGAUGCUUUACAUAACUUGAAAGUAGGGGCUAAAAAUAUCAUCGUCAGAUGGGCUCACAGCGUGACAGAGUCUGACAUGGACAAGCCAAAACCUAAAAUAGAUAUACCUGCCCUAGCCGGAGCUAAAAAGGAGGACAAAAGAAUCAGUCGAGAGACAGCGAUUCAAGCGAUAGAGGCGAAACUGAAAUUAAUGAAAGAAUCUGAAGAAGAGUUUGAACUGAACAAGCCUUUAAAUGGGUCACCUGUAAUACAGCUGUAUCAAAAGUCAGAGAAUCCAAAACCGUCCACGUCUACACGUUAUCACAACCGCAGCAGUCAUUCGUAUCACAACAAUAAGCCGUACAACCGUCAGAAGCCAAGGAGAUAAUUCGAAUUCGUUUCGUUUAUUUGUUUGUUAGCGUUACAAUUAAACCUACCCGAUCUAUUUUUGUGUGCGGUUACCCGACAAUUCGGGUUCACUCGGGAAAUUUACUCGACUUCAGGCCGAAAUCUUGAAAGUCUGUAAUAUUUGGGUACUCAAAACGGAAGCAUGUUUCUUGUCUGACCUAAGUUUUUACUCAUGCAAGCAUGCUUUUCGGGCUGUCGACCAGAAUCGAAUUGAAGCGAAACCUACUCAAAAUCGCGGAUACCCGAGCUUCACGAACUCCCGAAAUCCCGACUGGAUCCAAAAUGAUUACUAGCCAACUCAACCCUCGGAUUGAGUACUCUACACCCCGAAUUCUUAUCACUGACCGUUCGUUCCAUGACCGUUUAGUUAAUAUUUAUAUAAUUUAUGUUUUCCAUUUGAACAAUCAUUAAAUCGCUUUUGUCA